AUGACUAGGAGGUCCAACAAGGACAACCUAGUUGAACAUCCAGAGAUAGACAAGCUUGAGAAGCAACUUAGGAAGCAGAAAGCCCAAGAGAUGGCCGACGAAGCAGCUCGCGCUCACGCCGCUGAAGUGGCGCGCGCUCAAGAAGAAGGAAGAGAUCCACCUCCUCCUCCUCCUAAUCCACAAGAUCCUGCUGGAGAUGUGAAUGCACACCUCAAGCUGGAGCACCUACAAUCGGAGACUAUGACUCUGCCGAUGCUUUCUUCAUGGAUAGAAACCCUAUCCAUCCACCACCACCUGCAAGGAAUGACUAUGAGAUCAAGCCUCAGAUCAUAG